GAAAUCCAACCAAUGUGCUCACAAUUGCCAUCCUGUGGGCAUCAGAGAAAAAUGUGAUGCAGUUGCAUGUCCCUUGGGCAGAACAGACUGCCCAUCAUUGCUUAUAAGACAUACAGCUGUGAUGCCCAUAGGGUGCCUUAUAUUUAGUUACAGAGCCCUACAGGUCCAUAUCACAGUCACAAACAGGUCGGUUUAUCAGGAGCCAGUUUGAUUUUGAAAUGUGGGAGGAAACUGGAGACCCGGGGGUGGAUACACACAGGGCCUGGCUGGAAUCAAACCCAGGAUCCCAGUGCAUAAAGGCUUCCCACGGAACCACUGUGCUGCCCAUCAUGGAUUUUAUAACAUAUAUUCAGUAUAUUGCGAGUCAGUCCCUAAGCUCAGGUAACUGACAGCUGCCCAGUGUGAAUCAAGUGCAUAAAGGAAUUUCCCUGUUUCUACAGCUACUGACAGUCAGGAAUGAAAAAGAAAUCAUGUGAUGCUGCCAAGUGAUAAAAGUAGUGAGAAUGUUCUAUCUCAGUCUUUUGGAGCUGCUGCUGGCUGCAGACAAGACGCUCCUCUGAGUUACUCCCGGACCUGAUGCUGCUGGAAGAUGAGCUGUGCCAUCCUGCUGCUCCUCUGCUCCGUGCUCUAUGCUGCCGGACCUCAGCUGAACCCCCAGGAGAUACAGGCUGAUAAGGGAGGUUCCAUUCUCUUGGGAGGAAGAGUUGACUUUAAUGAACAAAUGGUGGCUGAUCUGUACAAAGGCCUAACGUGGUUGGGCACGUACCAUCAUGGGUUUGAAUGUGCCAGUCCGUAUGAAGAGCGUCUUGAGUUCCACCAAGGGAACGGCAGCUUCUCCCUGAGGAACCUUGGGGAAGGGGACAGCGGCGCUUACUCUUACACCGUCUUUCAAAUUAUAAAUGGGAAGAACAAUAAAAUCCAGAUGAACUUUCAGGUAACUGUGACAGAGCGAAAGGCAGUGACUGAGCAGCCAAGUGGGACAUCUACUACUGACCAGAGAUCUGUAACCAGUACCAACAGUGCUAGUACCAACAGUGCCAAUACCAGUACCAACAGCACAAGAACAAGCAGAACAUUUCUUUCAGAUUUUACUGUGCAAGUGAUGGGGCAGGUGUGUGUCUGGCUGUGCUGCGUGUCGCUCCUACAUCCGCUGCUUAUUCUCAUCUGCACCUUCAUCCGAUGCCUCCCGAGGGGGGAACAGCUCCCAACGUGCUGCAAUGAGUUAAUGGAAAUCAGCGGCUCUUUGUCCCUCUCCUGCGUUGUAUUUAGCGCAGUCUUCUGGCUUUUCUAUGAUAACGGGAAAGGGGCGACCAUGACUUGGUGUCUUAGUGUCAUCGCCUUAAUCCUGAUCGGUUUGAAUGCAUCUCCUGUGGUGAAGUGGUGCACAACUCCAUAUGGAUCUGGUUCUAGGUUACCCUUCUGCAGUGUGCUUGGUACCAGCAGCCAGAGUCCGCUCGUCGCUCAGUUCCGUGGAUAUUUCAGCCUCCUGCUUGUGUCGCUGUUCUCCCUCUGCACCAUCCUUGGCUUUUACCUGACAUGAAGAAGAUGGAGAUCAGCAUAAGAAGAGAUGGGGCAAAAUAAAGAACAGAUCAGGGUUUCAAAUCCCAAGCGAAAAGUAAAAAAUACUGUGAAAUCUGUGGGCACCGGGUAUUCUUUCUCUUUGUGAGUACUUUUGGGCAGAGUGUGCCCCCUGCUGGUGUGUGGCUGGAGUGCUGGUACUAAGAGCAGUCUGGCCAUGGAAAAGGAUUAUAAUUCCAAUGAUUGUGUGAGGGAGCCCAGAAGAACCUGCAGCCCCAGUCCCGAGCCGUCCAUUGGCACCGGAGAAGCCGAGUGUUGGGAGGUACAAAUGCUGAGGCAACUGACUGAUAUAAUCACAAGAAACAGAAUGAAGUAACGUCCGUUAUGAAUGGAAUGAAACUGUAAUUAACAGAUCACAGAGAUGGGAAACAUUGUUAAUGUACUGUUUGUAAUGUAUAGUAUAAUGUAUGUUACCAACAAUAAAGCAGCCUGUCAGGUUGGUCCAGCAAUGGUAAGGGUUAAUUUACC